AUGUCCGGUGUGCAGAGCACUGUCGUUCACCUUCAGCAUGAAAUCAAUGUGUCCCGCGUGGCAGAAGCCGCAGCUCAUGGGGCCGUUGGCAAGGCAUGUGCUGUCCUCGACAUGUUCGAGUUCGAGCGAGAUCUUUGGAGGUCCUCCAUCUGUCAGCGCAUAUCGUUUACGGCUCGGGGUGUCUUGAGCGGUGCAGUUUGGGAUCUCAGGCCCCUGAACUUACUGGUGGACGCCUUUACGUCCCAUGCCCGGCGAGGGCUCAUGAAGGCGCGAACGGAAGGUGUGUGGCACGCCAAAGGCGAGAUCAUCGUUUGCUUAGACAGCCACGUGGAGGCGACUCCUGGUUGGCUGGAGCCGCUGUUGUGGCGCAUAGCUGAGGAUCGAACUCGCUUGGUCGUGCCCAGCAUUGAUGGCAUCGAUACUGAGGACUUCAGCUACAGCGUCUUUGGGCUUGGCAUGGUCAGCUUCAACUGGCAGCUGAACCAAAAGCCCCGGGAGAGGCCAGAGGGAGAGGACUCCUUGGCUCCCUCCUCCGUCCUUUGCGGCGGUCUCUUCGCUGUGGACUGGGAUACGAUCCUGAACUGCGGAUCUACGGCGGAGAGGGUGCUCCCUGCAGCGACUUCCAGCCUCGCCACCCCCCUAAAGUGCUUCUUCCGGCUGACGAUCUCCGCCAUGUCGAAGCCUGUUGCCAUCGUUGCGAUCGUUGCAGAGAACCGCAUGAUCGGUAACGUGGAUGACUCACCGCUUCCUUUCAAUGUCUCGACGCUCAUGGAGUGGAUCUUUCACGUCGCGGGGGGCAACGACGGGAGCCCAACUCCGCUCAAGCACAGCUUUGUGUUUGGCCGCCGCGUCUACGAGGAGUUCAUGGGCUACGGCAUCAUGCCUGUUGGCGGAGGUGUGAAUGUGGUAAUCAGCAGCAAGUUGGCUGACAAGGAUGGCAAACCAAAGCCCCUGCCAGCCACCACAGCAGCCGAUGCCCCAACGGAUCCGCGCAUCAUGGCCGUCGGCUCUGUGGAGGAUGCACUGCAGUUGGGCACUGCCCCCGAGGCAGAGCCCAGGCCAGGUGAGGUGUGCAUCGUCCUUGGUGGCGAGCGCAUUUACCGGGAUACCAUGCCCCGAGCCUCCCUCAUGCGCCUCAGCCAUCUCCGUCGCGACUUCGAAGGGGGCAUCCUCUUCCCGGAGUUCUCGCUCAAGGACUGGAAACCGGUUGUGACGGGCGAGACCAAGACCGAGAAGAACGAAGUGGACGGGGAACCCCUGGACUACCAAAUCAUCGACUACAUGCGUGUGGACGAUGUAGCGGGCAGUGCUGCUCUCUUGGAGUCAGUACUGGCCGUGAAUGAGGCUUUUCAGAAGCGUUCGCCGGAAGCCCCGGAGAAGAAGGAGUUGGGCGAUGAGGCAGUGGAGGUGGACGUGAUCGCAGUCGGGGCGUCUCUUGGCGCGUGCGCCCGGGCCGGCGCGUGGCCGCAAAGCCAUCGUCUUCUGCAGGAGCUCUCUAUGAGCCACCUGUCCCCGGACGUCGUUGCCUACAAUGCCGCCGUCUCCUCCUGCGAGAAGGGGGCGGCCUGGCAACAGUCUGUGUGCGUUCAGCAGGUGAUGGCAAGGUCGAAGCAGAGCGCGGACCUCAUCACAAACAAUGCGGCCAUCAGCGCCUAUGAGAAGGGCAGCGAGUGGCAGAAGGCUCUGGAGGUGCCGGGGCAGCUGAGCGACCAGCGUUUGGCACCAGAUUCCAUCACCUUCAGCAGCAGCAUCAGUGCCUGCGAGAAGGGUUCAUCCUGGCAGCAGGCACAGCGGCUCGUGCACGAGAUGCACGAGAUCUCCGAGACUCACAGUGUGGUGGCCUACAAUGCCUCCGUCAGUGCCUGUGAGAAGGCAGGAGAGUGGCAACAAGCCUUCGCCCUGCACUUCCAGAUGAAGGAACAGAGUCUACAGGCGGAUGUGAUCUCCUUCAACGCAGCACUGAGCAGCUGUGAGAAGGCCGGCGAGUGGAGCUGGGCACUGCAGCUGAUGCAGGGUCUCCUUCUGCACCGGCUUCCGUCCAAUGCAGUCACCCACGGGGCAGCCGUCAGGGCCUGCGCACGCUGUGCAAGGUGGGAGGUGGCAAUGCAUCUACUCCAGCUGCUGGGAGAGCGGCAGCUGCGGCCCACGACGAUCACCUGCAACGCGGCUAUCACUGCGUGCGAGAAGGGGCAUCAGUGGCAGCGGGCUCUGCACUUGCUUAGCGACUUCGGAGCCCAGCGAUUGACGGAGGAUGCGGUGACCUAUGGAGCGGUGAUCAGCGCCUGCGCCACAGGAUCAGAGUGGGAACUGGCUCUGUCUCUUCUUGGGGCCAUGCAGAAGAGCCGGAUCAGAGCCAGCAUCAUCACCAGCAAUGCAGCCAUCAGCGCCUGCGAAAAAGCUGGGUCCUGGCAGAGUGCGCUCUGGCUCCUGAAGGGGACGGAGGACUUGGGCCUGGAACCGACGGUGGUAACCUACAGUGCGGUCAUCAGCGCAUGCGAGAAAGCGGCGGAGUGGGAACAAGCCAUCGCUUUGCUGCGUCGCCUGCACAGAUGCCAGGUGGAAUCCACCGCCAUCCCCUACAACGCAGCCAUCAGCGCCUGUGAGAAGGGGGGAGCCUGGGCAGUGGCAGGCUGCCUCCUGAGGGAGAUUCGGCGUUUAGGCUUGCGGGCCACCGCCAUUACCUACAACGCGGCCAUGAGCGCAUACGGGAACGGCAGCGAGUGGCUCGAAGCGUUGCAGGUCUUCACCACCUCGCAGACCCAUGGCAUCUCUGCAGAUCCUAUUUCCGUGGGCGCCGGCAUCAGCGCUGCGGAACGGGGAAGCGACUGGCGGCUGGCCCGGCUGUUCCUUGAGGAGCUGCGGUCACUCCGCUACCAGGAGGAUCCCAUCGCUCGCGACACCGUCGUCAGUGCCUGCGAGAGGAUGGCUUCGCCCGCCUCCCUGGAGCUGCGUGGGCCGCUCGCAGAACGCCUGGGC